GGACAAGAAGGUCGAAAGAAAGAGUAAUGAUGUCGUGUCUCUGGAUGGUGCUGCUGUGCCUUCUGCCAGCAGAUACCUCUGGAGAAGAAACGGCGGAGGAAGCCCGGGGAGUCCUGGGAGGCUCUGUCACUUUCCAGCUGAAGACGGCCGAACAAUCCACACACAUUUUCUGGCUUACAAAUAGUAGAAGCGACAGUUUUGAUACUUUUGCUGUUCUGUCACCCAGAAAGCCAUGCGAACUCCAGACGCUCCAUCCAGCAUUUCGUGGGCGACUGAACGUCUCUGAGGACUGCAAGAAGUUACAAGUCAGUCAUCUCGUUCAAGACGACUCCGGCACAUACAGGGCACAAAUACAGAUAAGUCCAGAAGAAGACCCAUUAAGGAUGACCUUUGGCCUGCAGGUUUAUAAGCGUUUGUCUGAGGCGGACCUGACCGUCCGCUGUGACAGAGGUGGGAAUGGAACUCUGCUGCGGCUGAACUGCUCCGCAGGGCCCUGGGAAGACGGCAUGGAAUUCAGCUGGAACUCAACCAGCGAGAGUGACCUUGGCCCCUCCGGGAGAUCCCUUUCCAUCUGGUACAACUCAGAGGACCCCGAUCGGAACGUCACCUGCACAGCACAGAACCCCGUUGGCAGCGCGUCCAGGACAGUGUCCUUGAAGCAAUGUUGGAAUGGUGGGGGUGCCGGUGUGAGCGCCCCCCACGGCCAACUUUCAGAAACGCUCAUCGGAGUUACAGUCGCCACACUGAUGGUUGCAAAAGUGAGCAUCAGUGCCUGUGUUUUUGCCAAGUGGCCUUGCUGCACCAAGUAGGGAGAGAUUCCAGAGAAGUUGGCGUCUUUCGCUUGCAAAGAGAGAAGUAGGUACAAUGCGCUUAGCAGGAGCCGAGCAAACAGAGAAGUUCCUGCACCAGCAGCACCAGCCGCCACGCCCUUCCCGAUGCUUCUUCGCACAAGCCAAUCACUGCUGAAGUGUCCGCUGGCCUCCAAGAGCCAUUUUCAGCUCCGGACAUUGAGUGGCCCCAAACCCUCUGCGGGUUUACCAAGGGGGGGACACUUUGUUUGACGAUUGCAUGGGUCUAACGCCAAAUACCAACAUCUCUGCGAGGAGCCAUAAGCAGGCUAACAUUUGAUGUGUCUGCAAUUGAGGGCUGUGUGUGUGAUUGUGCAAGGGCGUAGAAAUAUGUCGUAAGAACAUUUUACUUCUUGCAGAAUUCAAACCCUCUUUUUAGGCUGCAGUCCUGAAUACACUUACUCUGGAGUAAGACCCAUUGAAAGCAGUGGGAUGUCGUUCGAGUAAUUGUGCACAGGAUUGUUAUUAUUUCAAGAUAGUUGAAUUCUAUAAGGUUAUUCCUGUUUAAGUGUGUGUGUUUUAAAAAAAAUCUAAAUUGUGUGAAUAAAUCCCCCAAAGUGCUUUUAAA